UUGUUCAAUAGCAGCUCGUACAAGUUUUUGUCUCGCUAUAGUCUCAGGUGCAAUUAAGUUCAAAAUGUCAUCGACUACUGCCGUAAAUGUAGGUGGCAUCCAAUUUGAUCGCAAUGAUCUUUUGGGUCGCGGUGGCUACGGAUCAGUGUAUCGUGGUAAAUAUAAAGGUAAAAGUAUAGCAGUCAAAAGAAUUAUGAAGGAAAAGGAUGGCAGAGAUCCAAUAGCUGGCAACGAGUUAAAAUUUCUGCAGCAGUUACGCCAUCCCAAUAUUGUUAAAUUGGUCCACUUCACAAGCGAUGUCGACUUCACUUACCUUGCUUUGGAAUUGUGCGGCGCAUCAUUGGAUCAGGUGUUCCUAAGUGAGGACGAUCUUCGGAAAUACAAAGGACCUGCAUUACCGAAUGAUUUCGAGGUUUUCUCCCAAUUAGCCACUGGUCUCAGAUACAUUCAUUCACAGCGUGUAAUUCAUCGGGACAUUAACCCGACAAACAUUCUCAUUUCUGUGAAACAUACUGACCAAGGUGAAGAAGCAACUAUCAAGUGGGCUGAUUUUGUAUUUGCACGAGAAGUGAGUGAAAGGGGAACAUUCACAAUGAGUGGAGUCAAAGGGACUCUACCUUGGUUCUCUCCCGAAGAGAUGGAAAUUAUGGGCAGAGACCUACGCAUUGAAAAAACUAAAGGCUCUAUCAAAAGCGACGUAUUCAAAGAAGGCCUCGUCUUCGGUUAUAUUCUCUUGAAUGGAAGACAUAUCUACGGUGAAAAUGAAUAUGAUAUUGUGGUGAACAUGAAGCAGAACAAUCGAGUCAAUAUGAGUGAAAUUCACCAAAAGCAUUUAGCACGUAACUUAAUAGAAAAAAUGCUGACCUACACACCUGAUACAAGAAUUACAUCUGAAGAAGUUGUUGAUCAACUUCAAUCCAUCAAAACUAAACUUAUCGAAGGAGAAAAACACCUGCAUCAGCUAUGUGCAGAUAACUGUCCAACACAUAUUAGAGAUAGCAUCAAAAUUUUAAUGCAAAUCGGCGUCGACAUAAACGCAGAGAACAUCUUUGGAUGGAAUGCGCUCCAUAUUUUGUGUCGAUACCAUUCAAGCUCACACUUUGUAGAUGCAAUUAAACUCUUGAUCGAACUUAGUAUCGACAAAAACGCAAAAACCAAUGAUGGAUCAAAUGCGCUUCAUAUUUUGUGUCGAUACAACUCAAGCUCACACUUAAUCGAUGCGAUUAAACUCUUGAUCGAACUCGGCAUCGACAAGGCCGCAAAGAACAACGAUGGAAAGAAUGCCCUUCAUCUUUUGUACGAAUGCCAUUCAAGCCCACAAUCAUUUCAAGCGAUUGAACUCUUGAUCGAACUCGGCGUCGACUUAAACGCGGAGGAUAUCAAUGGAUCGACUAUUCCCGUAAACGUAGAUGGCAUCCAAUUCGCUCGCAACGAUUUUUUAGGGAGCGGCACAUAUGGUCAUGUGUAUCGAGGUACUUAUAAAGGCCAAAGUAUAGCAGUCAAGCGAAUUCUGAGGAGUGGAGCUCAAAACCAUGACAACGAGUUAAAAAUUCUGAAGCAGUUAGACCAUCCCAAUAUUGUUAAAUUGGUCCACUUCACAAGCAAUGCCGACUUCGAUUACUUUGCUUUGGAAUUGUGCGACGCAUCAUUGGAUCAGGUGUUCCUAAAUGGGAAAGAUAACCCGAAAUAUAAAGGACCUGCAUUACCAAACAAUUUCGAGGUUUUCUACCAGUUAGCAACUGGUCUCAAAUACAUUCAUUCGAAGAAACUAAUCCAUCGGGACAUUAAACCGGAAAACAUUCUCAUUUCUGUGAAACAUACUGACCAAGGUGAAGAGCUGAUGAUCAAGUGGGCUGAUUUUGGAUUGUCACGAGAAGUGAGUGAACGAGGAACAUUCACAAUGAGUGGAGUCAAAGGGACUAAAAUUUGGUUCUCUCCAGAAGUGAUGGAAAUUAUGGGCAGAGACCUACAAAUUGAAAAAGCUAAAGGCUCCAUCAAGAGCGAUGUAUACGCAGAAGGCCUCGUCUUCGGUUAUAUUCUCUUGAAAGGAAAACAUAUCUACGGCGAAAAUGCUUUAGAAAUUGCGAAAAACAUCACGAAAUCAGUCAAUAUGAGUGAAAUAGGAAUUCACCAGAAACAUUUAGCACGUACCUUAAUAGAACAAAUGCUGACGAGCACACCUGAAAAACGAAUUACAUCUGAAGAAGUUGUUAAUCAACUUGGAGACAUAAAAAACAAACUUACCGAAGAAGAAAAAAACCUGCAUCGGUUGUGUGCAGAUCAGUGUCGAACAACAGAUUAUAGCAUAUUACCACAAUGGAUGUUCGAUACUUUCGUAUAUCGAAGCGAUAUAAGGGAUAAGAUCGAAUCUUUAAUACAACUCGGCAUCGACAUAAAUGCAAAGGACAAAGAUGGAUGGAAUGCGCUUCAUUUUUUGUGUCGAAACAAUUCAAGCCCACACCUAAUCGUUGCCAUUAAACUCUUAAUCGAACUCGGCAUCGACAAAAACGCGAAAACCAACGAUGGAUCAAAUGCGCUUCAUAUUUUGUGUGAAUACAAUUCAAGCCAACACUUAAUCGAUGCAAUUAAACUAUUGAUCGAACUCGAAAUCGACAAGGCCGCAAAGAACAACGAUGGAAAGAAUGCCCUUCAGCUUUUGUGUCGACACAAUUCAAGCCCACAAUCAUUUCAAGCGAUUGAACUCUUGAUCAAACUCGGCGUCGACUUACGCUAAGGAGAUUAUUCAUAGGACCGAAUGCACUCGAAUUGAGCCGGCGCAAUAAACAUCUUACAAACUGCAACGUAGACGAUAUCUUUAAAAACGGACAAGGUGAAUGUUUAAAGAAAUUAAGGCUGUUUGCAAGCGGAACAGACAAACAAAACGCUACGUUGCAAUGAAUGAGAUUAUCAGCAAAUGACGGCUAACUACGUAUUUUAAUCAACCACAAACAGCAUUUAUUACAAAUUGAAAUAUCAACGCGUUUUACGAACCUUGUAACACAAGUGAAUGGAAGAGUUUGCGGAAACGUAAUGAAAAUGAAUUUAUCCUUCUUUUUUAGUAAUCACACCCUUGAUGAGGAAUCAACUAGUUGUUUUCGUCCUCUCCAAUCGAUUAUUCCCUUGCCUAUCAUUGCAAAUAUCAUUAGAAAUGUUUUUGCUUUCUACAAUUAAACGGAAAUGUCAAAUCUA